GUAUCACAGGAAAAGAUGACCUUACUGUGAGUGCAACUGCCAGUGGAAGAGUGAAUUUUUACCCCUGGACAAUAGAUAAUAAAUAUUACUCUGCAGAUAUUCACCUCUGUGUAGUACCAAACACAUUACUUGUUACCGGAGAUAUUGCUGAGUCUGUGCAAGCAUUUGUUGUGUACUUCGACAGUACAAUAAAAUCUGGACUUGACAGUGUCUCUGAAUGGCUCCCCCUGACAGAAGAGUGGUUACCAGAAGUCAUGAUCCUGGUUUGUAACAGAGUGUCCGAAAACGGUGUUAGCAGACAGAAGGCUCAAGAGUGGUGCAUCAAGCAUGGCUUUGAACUGGUAGAACUGAGCCCUGAGGAACUGCCUGACGAAGAUGAUGAUUUUCCAGAGUCCACUGGAGUGAAACGAAUUGUCCAAGCCUUGAAUGCCAACGUGUGGUCCAACGUGGUCAUGAAGNUAGACAGGACCCAGGGCUUCGGUCUCCUCAGUACCUUCGCGGGGGCCAACUGCAGCAUCGGGUCGGAAGAGAACCCAGACACAGAAUCCAAUCCCCCGUCGGGAGACGGAGAAGAAUCCCAUUUGGCCGACAGAGAGGACGGAGCUGGCACCACCAGCCUGCAGCCUGACAGCGCGGCAGAUGCCAUGUUAGAUAUGGACAUCCAAGAGUUAGCCAGCCUCACCACGAGAGACGGUGACCUGGAGAACUUCGAGAGGCUGUUUUCAAAGCUGAAAGAAAUGAAAGAUAAAGCUGCGACGUUGCCUCAUGAACAAAGAAAACUACACGCGGAAAAGGUGGCCAAAGCGUUCUGGAUGGCAAUCGGGGGAGACAGAGACGAGAUUGAAGGUCUCUCCUCGGAUGAAGACAGCUGA